UCCGGAUCCACCAUAACCCUGACCAGGAUAAAAUAGUUACUGAAAUUGAGUGAGAGUCUGGGUAGAAACAUGCCUUUGGAAAAUUUACAAUCAGGUUUUAAUUUCGGAAUAGUUAAAGGGCUGUGAUGGACUGGUGUCCCAUCCAGGAUGUGUUCCUACCUUACAGCCAGUGUUCCCAGGAUAGGCUCCUGAUCAGCCGACCCUGACCAGGAUAAAGUGGUUAAAUAAGAUGGAUGGAUGGAGUGAUGGACUCUGAAUUGAAAAGAGGAAAGUGCAAGAUGCUCCAUUAGGAGAUGGUAUAUUCAGUAUUUGUCCUCGCUGUACAGCAGGCGGCGCUGUACGCUUCCACAAACUCCCUCAGCAAAUUCUACCGAGGAAGAAUUGCCUUAUAGCUGGGAAAACAACCUAGUGAUUGAUUUAUUUAAACUUUGCAUUGAGUUUUAGCUAAUUUUCCUGAUUCCUGCUAAAGUUCAGAAGCUGUUUAUUUUGCUAUUACUAGCAGAACUGCAAGCCAUUCACAUCAGUGUUAAACCGGUAGCCGGGCGUCGAUGUCGUCGUGGGCGCGGAGUGUGAGGAGCAGGCGGAGGCUGGGGCACCUCUCCCGCGGUGGAGCGAAACCUUUUCGACCUUUCCAGAGUCAGCCAUAUCCUGUUUGGGAGGAAAGAAAAGACACACACCAUGAAUCGGAAAGCUUCGAAAAUUUGGAAAAGAGUGAUGAUUACUCUGACCCUACAGACUAUAAACCAUAUGAACCUUCACCUCAUGAGCCAAAUGUUGUCUCCCUGAAGGAUGGAGACAAGCGCAGUGCCCUGUACCAGCGAUUUUAUCAACAUUUCCAUGGAGAUGGAGCCAAGCAGCCUGCUGACUGUGUCGUGCUCUCUUUAAACAACCAGAAGUUGGAUUACGCAAAAUCAUUAGGCCACUGUUUGCAGGAGCGUGGCCUCGUGGUGGAAAUGCUUUACCUGCAGGCGGAGUCAGGCUUGACCCGGGCCCUGAAAGACGUCCGCUCCGAUGGUUCCCCCUUAUGUAUUCUCGUCGAACAGACUAAUGUAGCUCUCUCCUCGUGCACAGUAAUCAUAUUUUCAGAGUCCCUCAAAAUUCACCGCAACAUGCCCAGAGAGCAGGCUUUGGACUUGGUGAUGGUGGAGUAUGGGCGUGCGAGCAGUGCCUGGCGACAGUGUGACCCUGCGGAGGCAGCAGCAAGGGCUUCUGAGCUAUCUGAUGACUACCUGGAGCGGGCCAAGCUGGAGCGCCACGCUGUGCCCUCUGCCACGCGCCACCUGCUCCUCCUCAUGGCUGAGGGCCUACACCUGUACCCAGAGGAACUGGACUCCAUAGCUGCGUAUGUACACAACCGCCAGGACCAUCUGCAAGCAACCUCUGCUGAAGUAGAUGGUAAAGUGGCUACUGAGACAACGAACAGUCUCCCUGCAGGUCUGGGGAAUCCUCCACCCCUUCUCUCUAUACCUGUUGGUCCUGUCCCCCCAUUCAAUGAGCACCCAACGCCUUCCACUGGCAUAGCUAAGCCAGCUCAUGGGCAUCCAAUGAGCGCACCAGACUCCUAUCCCAAAACCAAGCCUCCUCCUCUUCUCUCACUGAACAUUCUUCAAAGAUCUCCUCAGGGUCCUCCACCUCAUGAUCCACCACCACCCCAUGGUCUGACUGGAACUCAAGCUCCCUCUGCCUCUCAUGGCCAUCCACCACCACGUGGUCCCUCUGCCUCUGAGACUCGUCCACCACUAUAUGGUCCUCCACCUCUCCAUGGUCCUCCAGCUCCUCAUAAUUCUUCUGCCUCUCAAAAUCCACAACCAUUAAGGGGUCCCACAGUACCAAGAGGAUCACCAGCUUCACAUGGCACACAUCCACCAAGGCCUCAUGGUCCUCAUAAUGGACCCCAUGGCUUCCAUAUACGUGGAACACCACCUCAUGGUGCACCAUUGCAGAAUGGCCCAAGUGGACUCGGAGCACCCCCACCCUUACUCAGGAACCUACGCAUGAGAAAUCCAGCAGGACCUGCAGCACAGGCUUUGCGACACUUCCCGCUAUGAUGACUCAGGAUGUCUGAAAAAAAUAAGCUAGUUCACCCACAUAGGAACAAAUCAGCAUAUUCUUGCUGUUACUUUAAGACUGUUCAUGUUGUCUUAUGUAUAUUUUUGUUUUCAAUCUUGUAAAUUUUAUGUAUUAUAUGUUGGCAUUUUUUGUUCCUGGCACAAUCAUGCCAUGUUUCAUUAAAAGGUUUCAGCUCCUUGCAUUCUUCGUUUGCUCUUGCAUGUAUGCAGUAACUACAUCUUCUUUACAUGCCAGUGUCAUUACUGUACAUGCUUGAAGCUCCACCCUUUUCCUAGAGUACCUCCUAUAAAUCCCCAUUUCCUCUCGGUCUUUCUAAAGGAUCGCCGACAAAGAGCAGCAGCCUCAUCGUGUUUCUCUGUCCACUUCAUCCCAGCCUCUCCUAUUCAUCCCAAUCCCUCCUAUACAUCCCUUCCCUCUUCACGCAUCCCAACAACUCACACAACCCUUCCCUCAUUUACCCCAACCCCUCCUUCACACAUCUUUUCCCUCUUCACUCAUCCCAACACUCUCCCUGUUUUAUCCCAACCCUUCCUUCACACAUCCCAUCCCAUCUUCAAAGUAGUCAAACACACUGCUCCUGAAGUCUACACCCUGAUCCUUCUGCAGCAACUCUCUAAAGUCUACAGGCUCAUGAUCUAGAAGCCCACUAUUAAGCACCAGGUUCAUCUUAGACUGUGCAGCUUGAACAGCCUCUCUCUUUACCCACUCAGAGAAGCCAUACUUCUAAAGCGCUACUGAUCCCAUCUUCCCAGCUAAACUAAUUGACAAGUGUCAGACAGAGGAGGAUAGGCUCUGUCUGCUGAGCCUUGAUUCUUCCCAAGGUUUCUUACAAGUACCCCUCACUGCAGAAUCAAUAGUCCAGGAGGUGGUGACAACUUGCUGAGUUUCAGUCUGGAUAAGCAUGUGUGCUGUUCCAUGUUCUGCAGUGUCUCGUAGGUUAGGGUUACGGGGAUAGGUUUAUAGGAGGACUUGGAUCAUGUCCAACUCCACCCCCUGGACUUUUGGUUCUGCAGCGACAACUAUUUUGCUUCUUCCUCCUAUCUCCAUCCAAGAGUUCUUCCUUGCUUCUGUCACCUCAGGCUUGCUCACCUGAAGUUAAGCAAGUUUCAUCUUUAGGAUCUCUACUGGAUAAUUCAGUUAUAUGAAACACUAUAAAAGUAUCUCUUCUUCCUCACUUGGACAAGUCCACUCGCCCUUUCUUCUCAACAUCACUUAACCAGCCUCAUUUGACUAUGAUGUCACAUGAUGUCACCUAAAACACAGAGCUCUCAAACAAAUCAAGUUUUGUUUCUCUUUCCACUCUGGAGCUGUCUCUCUUCAAAAUCACCCUCUUGAGUCAGGCAAACCUUGCAUCUAUGGGAGUCAUAUUCAUCAUCCUUGCUGUCCUUUAGUGGCUUGAACUGAGAAUCAGAAUAAUUCUAACACAAGUAAUAAUUCUAACAAAUUCUCACCCUUCCACAUCCUACAAGUCUAUUUUGCUAGGAUUAACAUCGACAGUCUUAAAAUGGAUCCCUUCAUGCAUCUUCCAAGGAGUUUCAGAUCACACUUUGAGAUCACAGGAGCUUAUCUGUUAGGCACACUACAGCUACAUCCAGUCCAUGAUACAGGACCUUGGAAAGACUCACACGAAACAGUAUGCAUGAAUUUAACUUGGGAGUUCUCUGGGGGGCCUGGCAGUCUGGAGCAAUGAAGAAACUGAGCAGAUCUUCAGCACAGGUUCUCAGAGUGUUCCACAGUCACUCCAUGUCAUUUACCUGAGUGUGUGAUCUGUACUCACAAAAUGGACUUAGGAAAUAACUGAUGUUUGGGAUAAAGACCAAGCCUGAAGCUCCACCUUCUUAAUUAAUGUUCUAUAUAUUCCCAUCUCUCUCAUUUCUCCAUUAGAGACAAAGUUUCGGCAGCCACUGUCUCACCAACUCCUAUCUAUUAAUCAACAACCCCUAUCCAAGAGUCUUCAGUGGGUCUUCAAGAAUCUUCAGACUUAAAAUAUAAUGCUAUAUCAUCAAAAAAAAAAAAACAAACAAAAAAAGCAUGAUAUAUAUGGCAAAAAUCAGCACAAGCACAGCAAGGAAUGGCUUUCCUAGCUUUAUUUUCCUAGCUUUAUUCGAUUUUUAAAAUUUUUUUUUUUUUAUGGGAGAUGCCACAAACAUCCCUCUUACCCACCAUCAGUCGGAUAGGAUAAGUGCAUAAAUGACCUGGGGUACAGGCCUUCACAUUUUUACCAGCGGCUGGUGAUUGUAUGUGAAAUACCAGCAGUCAACUGAACACAACCAGGAGAGAGCUACAAAUGUGUUUGCCCCUUUCAUGUCCUUUGCCGGUGUCUCUGAAGGUGAACUCAUUUUCUUCCUGGACACUUGCCUGCCUUGCUGGACACCUCUGUUCUGUCUCUUUGCACUAAUGCAUUCUGGGAGAGCAAUUAGAAUAAGUGUACUUGUGUGUACUCAGCAGUGUGGCCAAGGAAAGAGGGAGAGAAUGAAUGAUAAGGUGCAAAAUCAUCCACAUGGAGCUCCUACUGCACAUGAAGGACACGGACAGUGACCUAAUUUUUUUUAAGGGCUCUUGCUCUCUAUCCUCCAGCAACAGGAAUCCUUAAAAUGGACACUGUUCCAUGACUGUCCUAAUGUCUCAUCCAACAAUGUCCAAAACUUAAAUCUUACUUCAAUUCAUGUCAAUUUAAUUUUAAAGGUUUUUUGAAACUAAAGCCAGACAAACUAUGGAUUAAUGCCUUAUCUAUCCACUGGAGGGAGCCAAGAGGUCCUCAGUCAUACAUCUACUUAAGAGAGCAGGUUUAAGCAGCCCUUAAAUUAAGUAACACACUUAUAAACCAAAAUUGCACCCCUAUAAAAAGCUCUAAUCAGUCACCUGUGAAAUAAAUAACAGGGGGCCAUGACUCAUUGCUACGCACAUCUCAGAAUAUUGCAGCUUUCCUGUUAUUGCUUUCAUUAUUCUUUGUUAUAAAUGAAGUCGCAAUUAUUCUUAAUGACUCAUUCUUAAAUUCAGGAAAAGUUCUGAUAGGAAAAAGUACAGAGAAUUAGAAACAAGCAAUGAAAAAGCCCACAAAAUAUAAAAUGUAACUUACUAGAUCUUUAUUAAAUCAAACAGCU